AUGGCGAUGUGUUGUGUGUUAUUGUCAUUGCCAGUGUCGCCGCAUGCAAUUGAUGAUCCUAAUUCCUUGGAUUCUUUCAUUCGUGAUUUUGCAUCCAACAGGAGUCGACGCCGCACGGGUAGACUGUACGAGGUUGUCCUUCCCGCUAAUUUCUCCGGCAUUGAAGCUUCCAUUGUUACCCUGAAAAGUGGCAGUCUAUGGAUGAGAGGGGCUAAUUUCAGCUUGUUCGGCAUCCCACCAAGAGUCCUGCCAUGGCCGUACGUGAGGAGACUUGAGAUAGUCUAUGAAAAUCUGGGAAACUGGUCCUCCUCUUACUUCAACCCCCCCAAUCACACCUUGGUUUCUCCCGUCAUAGGCUUGAUAGCCUACGAAGAAAAGAGGAGGCGUAAUGGGAUCAAUUCCAAGAUCGAGCUGAACGUAAUAAAGGACCCAAUUACACUCCAUUUUCCCUACAUCUCUUUGCCACACCAUAACAAUAAUGUUAAUGCUUCGGCGGUGAAAUGCGUGGGUUUUCAGAGCAAUGGCACAGUUGAGUUCAGCAAUGUGAGCCGGAACCGGACGUGCAGCGUGCGAGGAGUUGGGCAUUUCUCCCUGGUCAUUCCAACUCCGAUUCCCACCCCGCCGAAGCAGCAGAAGAAGAAGAAAAGCACGGCGUGGAAAUGGUGGGUUAUUAUAGGGUCGGUAGUACUGGGAAUUUUGGGACUGCUUUUGUUGAUUGGCAUCACAUACAAAGCUGUUAAGGGGAAGAGACUUGGGAAAAUGGAGAGACAGUCGGAAAAGAGCGAGAGUCUGGAUUGUGUUUGGGUAGGGAGCAGUAAAAUGCCUUGUGCUACAAGUAUCAGAACUCAACCAGCUCUAGAGAAUGCCUAUGUUCCUUGA